AUCCACUAACCAAAGUCAAUGCUUUCUCCCAAUCCUAUAUGAAAAUAUCAUCCUUGUCCAAAUUGAUCUUGGACACACAUAACUGAUGUUCCCUGUUAAGCCCUAUAAAUAGAUGCUCCUCUUUCCUCAUCUAUAUACAGAAACAGUCACAUCUAUUCUUACAACCCGGCCAAGAGAAAAAUGAAGACCUCACAGUUAGCAUUUUCCAUAAUUUGUUUUGCCUUCACUACAGAAUUCUUGAUUGGCAUAGCUUCUGCAGCAGCACCUGAACCAGUGCUUGACAUCUCAGGCCAGAAACUGAGAACAGGUGUCAAGUACUACAUCUUACCUGUCUUAAGAGGCAAAGGGGGAGGGUUAACACUUACAAGCAGUGGUAACAUCAACAACAACACAUGCCCCCUUCAUGUGGUACAAGAGAAGCUUGAAGUCUUGAAAGGCCAAUCAGUUACCUUCACACCCUACAAUGCUAAAGGUGGUGUCAUCCUCACCUCAACUGAUCUCAACAUCAAGUCCUCUCUGACAAAUACCACCUGUGCCAAAGCCCCAGUGUGGAAGCUUCUCAAAGAGUUAAGUGGGGUGUGGUUUUUAGCUACUGGUGGUGUUGAAGGCAAUCCAGGUAUGGCCACCAUUUCCAAUUGGUUCAAGAUUGAGAAAGCUGACAAGGACUAUGUGUUUUCUUUCUGUCCCUCAGUAUGCAAAUGCCAAACACUGUGCAGGGAACUUGGGAUAUAUGACUAUGGUGGGGACAAGCAUUUGUCUCUUAGUGAUCAAGUUCCUCCCUUCAGAAUUAUGUUCAAACAAGCAUAAGUUCUCACCAAUCCUAAGCUAAGAAAAAUUUGAAUAAAAUUAGUCAAAUGAUACUAGGCUUUUCUAUUGGUAAUGAGAAUGACAUGAAUUUCAAUAUUCAUGUUAUGCAAAAUAAAUGCCUUUGUAAGAUUUUGUGCACAUUUUGUGAUGAAAUUAACUAAUUGAUCAAUGAUCAGUGAUCAAACCCAUUUGAUCAUCUUUUUUGUU